AUGGGAGGUGGUGGUGGAAAUGAAGCGAAAACAGAGGUGGAAUUGGAAAGCAGAGAAUGGUACAUGGCAGCUUAUGCAGCGGAGGGGGUUCCGACCUCCGAUCAUCUGAAACUCCGAACGGUGAAGCUAUCUGUGGCCGCCGAUUCAAUCCCCGAUGGCCAUGUUGCCCUGGAGCUCCUCUUUGUUUCGGUGGAUCCAUACCUUCGCACCAGAAUGAGUGGCUCUCGCGACCCCGUCCAAUUUGAACUUAACCACGUGAUAUCAGCUUUUGGGAUUGGAAGGGUGAUCCGAUCCAAGGACAGUAAGUAUGAAGAGGGUGAUAUUGUGGUUCAUCCGAAUUGUCCCAUUGCUGAGUACUGCGUCACGUCCUCUUUGAUGCUCAGAAAGUUCGAUCCAAACUCUGGAAUAUCGUUGCCUGACUACAUAAGCUCCAUGGGAGUACCAGGGUUUGCGGCAUGGGUGGGCAUAGAGGUGCUGGGAGAUCCAAAGCCAGGAUCAAAUGUGUUCGUCUCUGCUGCUUCUGGAGCUGUGGGAAUGUAUGCUGGCCAGCUUGCUAAGCUUCGAGGUUGCAGGGUCAUUGGAAGUACUGGCUCUGAUGAUAAGAUAAAGCUUAUGAAAGAGGAAUUUGGGUAUGAUGACGGAUUCAAUUACCACAAGGAAACAGAUUAUGACGCUGCUUUAAGCAGGUAUUUCCCAAACGGUAUAGAUGUUUACCUUGAUAAUGUUGGGGGCAGGAUGCUUGAAGCUGUGCUUAAUCAUGUCAACAAGUACGCACGCAUACCACUUUGCGGAAUGAUAUCCCAGUACAACAAGGUUUGGACAGAAAGGGAAGGGGUGAGGAAUCUGCUGAACAUGGUGGGGAAGGAAGUGAGGAUGGAGGGUUUUAUGCUGGCUUCAUAUUCUCAUCGAUUUGUAGAAUUCGCUGAAGUAAUGGAGAUCGAGAGCUUUUUAGAGAGCUUAGCCUCCUUAUUCACAAGCUCCAAUGUUGGCAAAGUUGUUGUUCAGGUGAAGCCAUAAUUCGAGAUAUGAUUCAUGUCGUGUUUGUGACGGUCUAAAGCUUCAGAUUCAGCUUGUAAAGUGUUUUGAACACUGUCUUAUUUAUGUCCUUCUAUGAAACUUACCUGAUUUGAAAGUAAUUAACGAUGGUGUGUUUUUUUCCUGCUGAA